GGGGAAGUUCCACAAACUUAUGGUUCUGUUUUCGUAGAAUCAUUAAGGUUGGACAUGACCUCUAAGAUCAUCAAGUCCAACCAUCAACCCAGCACCCCCAUGCCUCAUAAACCAUGUCCCGAAGUGCUACAUCUACACGUUUUUUUGAACACCUCCAGGGAUGGUGACUCCACCACCUCUCUGGGCAGCCUGUUCCAGUGCCUGACCAUGCUUUCAGUAAAGACAUUUUUCCUAAUAUCCAAUCUAAACCUUCCCUGGCACAGCUUGAAGCCAUUCCCUCUUGUUCUAUUGCUAGUAGCUUGAGGGAAGAGACCAACACCCACCUCACUACAACCUCCUUGUAGAGAGCGAUAUGGUCUCCCCUUAGCCUCUUUUCCAGGCUAUACACGCCCAGUUCCCCAAGCCACUUCUCGUGAGACUUGUUCUCCAGACCCUUCACCAGCUUCGUUGCCCUUCUGUGGACAUGCUCCAAUGUCCUGCCCUGCUCUGGACACGCUUUUGAUCAUUAAGCCACAAUAAAUCUUUGUUAGUCAGUAGUUCUGACCCUUAUUUUUACUCAUUUACCUCCAAGUCCUCAUACUGACUGUGGAUGUCAGGGUAGUGCCCAAAAACUUGUGGGUAACUUAAAGUAGAUUUAGCAGUGUUUAUUAGUUUGCAGUCACUGUGGUUGCUCAGAUCAGUAGGGGACAAAGGUAACAGGGAAGUCGUAGCUGUGCCAAGGAAUGGAUAUAGGGGAGAAGGAUUCAGGAGCAGCAGCUUCCUACAGAAGAGGAAGAUGUCAAUGCCAGCCUCAGUAAGAGCUGCUCUGAAAAACAAGCGAUUCAUGACUUUAUGAAGGCAAGUGAAAUAUUGAUGCAAAGAAAUGCAGCAGAUCUUGGAAAAAUAAGAGAGCUGUUCCAGAAAUAUGGCUACAAACCACAUGUGAAAGACUCUACAGAAGAGGAAGAAGUUAACAGUGAUUCAACAAUGUCUGUCCAGAAUAAAUCUGAUGAAGAAAAAGCAGAUGAUGUACCUCAUCUUCCUGCUUGUACUGAGAAGCCACUGACGCCCAAAGACCCCCUGCGUAACCCCCAGCUUGCUGAUUUUGGUCUUUCACAAUAUGCAUUCUCCAGGCCUUGGAGUGCAGUGAAAGGGCAACAUGUAACAAAUGCACAUCAAGAAAAUUCAAAGAACAGGACUCCACUGAAAACACAGACCCCCAGUAUUUUGCCCAAAACACCAAAAUGUAUGUUGAAGAUGGACGAUUAUGAGUGUAUAACACCAAAGCUCGAACACUUCGGCAUUAGUGAACAUACCAUGUGUAUGAAUGAAGAUUAUACAAUGUCACUUAUACGUAAAACUGCUCAGGCAAGCAAGAAGUUGGUUAAAAAAGAUGAUCAUGAAGUGAACGUACCACAAAUGACAUCCAGGGAAAUCAUGGUUACUCCUGGUCCAAGACCAAAAGUGACAGCCAGGAAUGCUGACUGGAUGGCUUCUCCUAUGGUAUUUGUGCUCUGUACUCCUGAUGUGAAAGUCCCUUCAAGAACAAAUAGCACAGUAUUAUCAAGGUCACCAGAAACAAAUGACCCACCUCCUCCAAGUCACACAGGAACACCACGGUUUCCAGAUUUUGAAACAAGAUGGCUAAAAACAGAAGCUAAGCAGGUAAAGCAGGUGGGAAAAAUUGAGUCGGUGACAAUGAACAAUGCAACAGAUAAGCAAUACACUGAAGAUAGCAUUCCUUUUGCUGUGAACUCUGAUGAGUACCUUAAACAUUUUGGAGACCCUUCUCCUCCCAAAAUAAAACACUAUGACCAGUUACUCAAUACUCCUCCACCUCCAGAAAUAACAAGGAUACCAGAUGAUGUUCUACAGAUUCUGUCCAAGUAUAAUCAUAAAGUAGACCCUUCUAAAGCCAAGGAAAUGGGGACCAAGGCAGGAAAUACUAUAAAACAUGAAAGUGAUUUCAAUGAUCACUGCAACAAAGAGAACAGAGGAUAUCCUGGAUUUUUCAAGACAAACAUCUGAAAUCAAGGUGAAGACCACGUUGAGACUGUUUCAUAUUCAUGGAUCUUAUCACCAAAUCAUAACUAGCUCAAAAAGCAAAAGAAAAAAAACUGGUGGGAGGAAAGAGACAUACAAAGGAAAAGUUCUUUUUAGUGGAGAAAGUUUGAUGAGGAUAAACUUGUUUCAACUAACAGCUUGUGCUUGGCAAAAUAUAUAUAAAUGUAUAUAUGCUCCAGAGAGGACUGGGGUCAUGUAUGAAGUAGUACUUCAGUUGUCUCGCCUGAUUCUCAUGUUUGUUGUGUGUGCUUGUGUUUGCAGUAGGCUGUAGAGAAGUGCAGUUAAGUUGCAAUAAAGGGAAAGUCCAGUAUAUUGCCCCAGAAAGUGGCUAUCUCUGGCUGUUCUGGUGACACUGUACAUCUUUUCAGGGCUGAGUUUGAAGUGUAGUAUUUAACAGUAUUUGGCAUCUUCAACAGAAGUCAUCUUUUCUAUGAAGAGUAAUUCCUGCUUUACUGUUUAAAGCACUUCUAUGCUAUUAGUCACGUCUGCAAUACUAAGACACAUCACACACAUUUCUCCAUCGGGCUCUCUGUUACCUCUCUGAAGGGCAGGUAUUUCUUAUGCUGCUGCUUCUUUCUUACUAUAGUUUUCUUACAUUGACAUUGUAUUAGGUGCUAUACAUGGGUUUUCCUUUUGACAGUCUAAUCUCUAGCCCUAAAAGGUGACUCUGGCUCAAAUAUAAAUUAUUUUAAAAUAUACUGUGCAAUUAGUACUGGUUUGCUGGCAGGCAUGUAGGUGGUUGCCUGCUCUUCUGCGCUGCUGCUAUGUGCAUUCUGUGAGCUGUGGUGUCACUUCUAAACGUGCACAUCUAUCCCUGUAAUAGCUGGCCAAGCUUAAGUUCUCAGAGCUGUUGGGCACUUUUUUGGUACCUGGUAGUCAUAGUAAUUAGGAUUUUUUUUUCUACCAGAAAUUCUACUUUUGUCUGCAAGAAAUCCCAGCUACAUAUCCUUGUUUGGAACCAGUUUGCUGUUUCUAGUGUCAGCUAGUCCUCUGAGUGACUGCAGGAUUGCUCUUACCAGCGGUACGUGGUCUUCCUGUUGAUGGCUAAAAUUCUGUCAAUUUAUAUGUGGGCAGGCAACAUGUGCAACACAUGAGAAGGGAGAGACCGUCCCAGGAGAUGGGGAGAAGUGUGUGCUUUUCUUAACACAGCUCCACAAGUUUUUUUUUACAUCCUCAGGAUAUGCAAACAUCUAGAGAUGCCCAAAAGUAUUUCUCCAGUUGCUUAGAGGGACUUAUCCUGGCUAAAACCUAGCAAUUAAAGGUACCUUUUUCCCUGCUGUUCCAGUCAUUCUCCAGAAUAAGUGCACAUCAAAUUAAGUGGAGAAGCUGAUUUUCUACUAGUUCUGGCCUGGCUACGCUGUCACUUUUCUGUGCUAGUUCCUGUUUAAAAACAUGUAUGUAUUAUUACGUGUCAGUCUUUGAGAUUGAUCAACACUUCUGAAUACUAAAUAAAUCUGUCUCAGAUGC